CAACACCCGAAUGGUACAAAGUGACGGACCGGAAAUCCGUUGAAACAAGAUGGCGCUCUUCACGUUAAGAUAUUGUUCCAAAUUGGCGUCGUUACGCGGCUUCGCUCGCGUUACAACCCACGAAAGCGUUCACUUAAAACGGUGCAUAAAAUCCCAGAUAUGUGUCCUUUCUCCCGCCGGGGUCGGGCAAGUGGUGGCGCUGCGGCCGUACAGCUCCGACCGCGGCGAACCAAAAGCCAUCCAGAAGGUGGUUGUCGUCGGCAUCCCGAAUCCCUUCAUUUGGCUUCGGACGCGGGUCUACUACUUCCUCAUCAGAGCUUAUUUUGAUUCCGAGUUCAACAUAGAAGAGUUUACGGAAGGGGCUAAACAGGCUUUCUGCCAUGUUUCCAAGCUGCUGUCACAGUGUCAGUUUGCAGCUCUCGAGGGGCUGGUGGCCGGUGACUUAAUCGGAAAGCUGGAGGAAAAGUGCAGCCUUCUGCCGCCGAGCUACAAGACGGCCCUGUCUGCCCGGCCCGACGAGCUCAUGUACAGCACGCCGGGGGACGUGGGAAUCUACUACGAUGACACGGGGAGAAGGUUUGUGAGUAUUUUGAUGCGUUUCUGGUACCUGACCAGCGCGCAUCUGCCCGAAGACACUCUGGAGGGAACUCGCGUCUUCCAGGUGGCCAUUGGUGGAGAGCGGGAGGCGGAGAGCAAGAGGCUGCUUACCGCUAACUACGAAUUUCAAAGGGAGUUUACUAAAGGGGUGGCACCAGACUGGACCAUUACACGGAUAGAGCACUCCAAGCUUUUAGACUGACGGACAAUAAAAAAAAGAAAAAAAUCCUGUGAUAAGUGCCCCAAAACAUGAACUUGAAUGAAUGAAUCCACAAUGUACUGUCUGCAAGAUUUCAGAACCCAACUGAGAUGAUGUUCCACGAGGGUUUGUCUUUGUAGUUUCUACUUAUAAAAUGAAUUUUGUUAAUUUAACCUUCAA